AUGGCGGCUUGCUCAGACCUCGUACGGGACGUCUUUUCCAUGGACAAAAAACAUCAGAUCAAUCUCUGGUACGCCUUUAUCGCCAUGAUGCUGGUGCUGAUGUUCCAAAGUUGGUGGACGACUUACAAGACCGUUGAAGCGAUCCCCUACAGCCAGUUUGAGCAAUAUCUCAAAGACAAGAAGAUCGAAGAGAUUUCGAUCAAGGAAAACACGAUAGAGGGCAAGUUCAAAGAGCCUCUCAAAGACGGCAAGCAAUACUUUGUCACGACUCGCGUCGACAUUCCGCUGGCCGAAGAGCUGACCAAAUACGACGUCAAGUUUACCGGCAUCGUCCAGAGCACCUUCAUCCGGGAUAUCAUGUCCUGGGUUCUUCCCGUCCUUCUGUUCUUUGGCCUCUGGAUGUUCUUUAUCCGCCGUAUAGCGGAAAAGCAGGGGAUCGGCGGCAUGAUGACCGUCGGCAAAUCCAAGGCCAAGGUCUAUGUCGAGACCGAUGUCGACGUUACGUUUGAAAAUGUCGCCGGUGUCGAUGAAGCGAAACGGGAAUUGAAGGAGGUCGUGGACUUCCUGAAAGACCCGAAGUCCUACGGACGCCUCGGUGCACAUGUUCCAAAGGGCAUCCUGCUCGUGGGACCUCCCGGGACCGGCAAGACACUGCUGGCCCGCGCGGUCGCCGGUGAAGCCGGUGUCCCGUUCUUUUCGAUUUCGGGUUCGGAAUUCGUCGAGAUGUUUGUCGGGGUCGGUGCCGCGCGCGUGCGGGAUCUCUUCGAGCAGGCCCGCAAGGCAGCGCCUGCGAUCAUCUUCAUCGACGAGCUCGAUGCGCUCGGCCGCGCCCGUUCCAGCGGAGUGAUGGGCACCAACGAUGAAAAGGAACAGACCCUCAAUCAGCUUUUGACAGAACUUGACGGAUUCGACACAUCCAGCGGGAUUAUUCUGCUCGCCGCUACCAACCGGCCGGAAAUCCUCGACCCCGCGCUCUUGCGGGCGGGACGCUUCGACCGGCAGGUACUGGUCGACCGGCCUGACAAACCGGGCCGAAAGGCAAUCCUUGAAGUCCAUAUCAAAAAGAUCAAACUCGACCCGGACACGGAUCUUGAUCAGAUUGCCCAGCUCACCGCCGGGUUCUCGGGCGCGGACCUUGCCACGCUCGUCAACGAGGCAGCUCUGCUUGCAACGCGGCGCAAUGCCGAUGCCGUAACCUUGCAGGACUUCAACGAAGCGGUGGAACGCGUUGUUGCCGGGCUCGAAAAACGCAGCCGGAUCCUGUCGGAAAAGGAACGAAAGACCGUUGCGUUUCACGAAAUGGGCCAUGCGCUUGUUGCCGCCAAUCUUGAAGGUUGCGACCCGGUUCACAAGAUCUCGAUCAUUCCGCGCGGGAUCGGCGCGCUUGGCUACACCAUGCAGCGCCCGACCGAAGACCGGUUCCUGCUUUCAACACAGGAUCUUGAGAAUCGCAUGGCCGUGCUGAUGGGUGGCCGGGCGGCGGAGGAAAUCGUCUUCGAAGAGAUAUCGACAGGGGCUUCCGACGACCUGCAAAAAGUUACCGAGGUCGCGCGGGACAUGGUGAUGCGCUACGGAAUGGAACAGACGCUCGGAAAUCGCGCCUACGCUACCCAACGGCAGAAUUUCCUGGGUCAGCCAGCCGGAGACGCUGCCGAAGUUUCACCCGAUACCCAGCGCGAGAUAGACAUAGCCAUCAAGGAUCAUGUCGAGGGGGCGUUCACCCGUGCCAAGGCUCUUCUGCAGCAGCACCGGAGCGAACUCGACGAGGGUGCAAAAUUGCUGCUUGCCAAAGAGACCCUGACGGAUUCCGAUUUUCCAGCAAUCCGGCCGAUAGCAGAGCGGCGGGAUAACAAGGCCGCGGAAUAG